CCUGGCUAACUAAUGAAUGAAUAUAUGUUAUAAAAUUCCUAUCAAUGCUAUAAGUAUAGCUACCAGUUUGGCCGCCAAUUUUGAUUUCAUUCCUUUUAUUCGCACGCUCAAUCUUUUUUGGCCGCACCUUUUUUCAACACCUAAAGUGUUCCUGAUUAGAUACUUAUUUACCUGAUUCAAUAAAACGGCUGACGUCAGGUUAGCAAAAAACUUAAUAAAUUCUCUUUCCUAGUUUGGCGCAAUGAAUAUAAUAAACAACUUCAGAACUGUGUUGUUUACUCCGACUUUCCAAGCGUUAUUAUGCUUUGGAGUUGAAGGGCUUUAUUAGUAAAUUAGUUUCUACUGUUAAAUAUUAAAGUGAAAAAAAAGAAUAAUUUAACUGUAGUUUGAUUAUUGCUUUAUUUAUAUCGUGGAUGCAAACUCGGAUUGAAUAAUAAUGGCAGCAUCUUUGGAAAGUUAUGUGAAUCAUACGGUAUCUGUAAUCACAGCUGAUGGCAGAAAUAUUGUGGGCACCUUGAAAGGCUUUGACCAAACAAUUAAUCUCAUUUUGGAUGAGAGUCAUGAAAGAGUGUACAGUUCGAGUCAUGGUGUUGAGCAGGUCGUUUUAGGCUUAUACAUCAUAAGGGGUGACAAUGUAGCUGUGAUUGGAGAAUUGGAUGAUGACCUAGAUGAGAGGCUUGACUUGUCAAGCAUAAAGGCUGAACCUUUAAAUCCUGUGGUUCACUAAAGUAUUGUGGUACUCUAAGCUUCAAGAACUCAGAUGAAACUGGUGCUUAAGCUUCCAGUGACAUCUUAAUAGUACAGUGGAUUAAUAGACUUGACGUUGAAAAUAUUGAACAUUUUAGUGUAUGAGAAGUGGCAGACAAGAUUUUUUAAAUGUGUUCACCUGAAUGUCCUAAACAUAAUUUUUACAAGUGUUGUACAACACAGUUUUUAGUUAUGGUUUAUAACUUUGUCUUGUCAACAGCAAGUAAAGAACUUCAAAUGAGGAUUGAUAUGUGUAUGUCAUUGUAAUAAUAUUGAAAAUUAUUAGAAAAAUAACAUGGUGAAAAACAAGUUUGACAUUUAAUGUUUUAGCUCCUUUUAAAACCAUUGGAUACCAGUUGGUUUACAAAUGUUUAUUAUGUACAAAUCACUAUUUGUGGGUGUCAUUUGACAUCAGUUACAUAAAAGUUGUCCUAAAACUUAAAGUUGUUUAAGAGGAGUAUUAUUUUGGUAAAUGUCUUAGAUACAACAGAAUUUAAAGUAGUUGUCUUCAGAAAGUUAAAUCCAAGAUAAUAAAUGACUUUAUUGCUAAAACAAAA